UGACAGCAUAUUAAUUUGUUAAUGGACAUCAAAAUAUGUUGGCUACUUACUACAAAAAUGCGGAAAAAAUUUAGUUUUUAUAGUAUUGUAACGUACGAUAUGUCUUUCCCACGUAACAGUAUAAAUAUGUGAUUGCUUUUGUAAGUCAAUUAACAAAAUGUUUGGAACAAUACGUGACAAGUUUCAAUCUAUUCAAGAAGGCCUAUCUGCAAGUUUACGUGGACUGACACUAGCAGAAAGUUCAAAGCCUAAAAAAUUAAUUACUAUAAAAAAUAAGGUUAAUUACAAUGCUGGAGCUGAUUUGCUGCACCACUUUCAAAUGGAAUGGAACAAUCUGCAUGAAUUGGCAGAGGACAAUGCAGAAAAGGCUCAAGAAGCUGAUGUAUUGAUAGCAUCUAUUCAUGAAAAGCUAGAGUUUCAGUGGAAUAACUUUAAUGUGUUGAACAAUACCUUAGCCUCCAUACCACAAAUUAAUAACACAAUACAAGGUCUAAUGGAUCAAAUAGGUUCUUUGCAAGAACAGUUUGAAGAGGUACACAACGCUCUUUUUGAGCUUGAAGAUUUACAAGAGAUACUGGAUUUACAAAGCAGCCAACUUGAUCACAGGUUCCAGUUAGCUCUGUACAAAGAAAAAAAAUUGUCCGAAUUAAAAAAUAUUAGAGAAAAGUUAUCAAAUGAUCAUUCGAUCAAAGUUUUGAGGCAUGAGAAACAGCAGGAAAAAAUUUUGAAAGAAAGGCAGCACACCUUUGGGGAAGCCUUCAAUGAAGAGAUGAAUGAAUAUAAAAAGACUGGUUCUGUCCCAAAAACGCCUUUAAAUACACAAAAGGGUCUUAGCUUGGAGGAGAUAAUCCUUGACUCGGAUUCCGCUGAUUACGACGAAUUCCUCAAAGAAUAAUAUCAAGCAAUAUUUUUCGAGUAUUUUACGCAAACCGUUGUGUUUAUUUUGUUAAAAUCUUGUCAUUAGUCGUGGAGCACGUUUGUGGGGACCAUGAGUUUGUAAUAUAUCACAAAAUUUAUACAUGUAAUUUCUAGUGAGAUGUGUAAAAAUAGAUACGUAAGUA